CAGGCUGUGGGAGACAGGAAAGCCUUGUUCAUCUCCUCCCUCUAUCUAUCUGCAGUCCUCCUCUCUGUUUAACUUCCUCUGUCUCAUCCAUCGGUCCAUUUGUCCAACUUCUUCCGGUACAUGAUCUAUCCAGGGGAUAAUGCUGAAGUUUCGUGUGGACAGAAGAGUCAGGCCCUUUAAACUUGAAAUGAAUGGAAAGAAGAGCAUUGCUGCUGAGAAAAUCAUAAAGUCCAAAAGCACCAGUAUGGUCACAUUUCUGCCUCCAGAAGCCCAGUGUUACAGUCGGAUGUCUAACAGACCUAGAUCGGCAGCUACUUUUGGGAAGUGCAACAUCUCUAUGCACAGAAAUUGCAAAGCAGAGGUUACCAAACAAGGAUGGCUAUACAAACAGGCCAACAGUGGACUGAAGCAGUGGAAAAAGAGGUGGUUUGUGCUCACUGACAGGUGUCUCUUCUGUUUCAAAGGUUUGUAUUUAUUAGGUUCUUCUAACUGA